GCCCGUCGCGCCAAUUUUGAAGCGUUUAACCCCGAACUAGUGUCCUUUUGAAAGGUGUCGUUCGCCGCAAUGGAUAACAGAGGAAAAGCGGGAUCUGGAGACACCACAUUGCCUCUUCACUCCAACAGCGAUGGAGAUGCUAUCAAGGUGUACGUUCGUGUUCGACCUUUGACCCAGGGCACAGGGUUAACAACAGAUGGAGACCGGAGUCUGUGCCUUGCAGUGACCUCUCCUCACACUUUGCGCCUGCACUCUAAGCCAGAGCCACGAACCUUCACCUAUGAUCACGUGGCUGACAUGGACACCUCUCAGGAAUCAGUGUUUUCGAGCGUAGCAAAAAACAUUGUGGAGUCAUGCAUGAACGGUUAUAACGGCACCAUAUUUGCGUAUGGACAGACCGGCUCAGGAAAAACCUUUACCAUGCUCGGUCCAAAUGAGAUGAGUGAUUUCUCUGAUGAACUGCGUGGUGUCAUUCCUCGUAGCUUUGAGUAUCUGUUCUUUCUCAUCAACAGAGAAGUGGAGAGGUCUGCAGGGGCCAAGAGCUUCUUGUGCAAGUGCUCCUUUAUAGAAAUCUACAACGAGCAGAUCUAUGACCUGCUGGACAGCGCCUCGGCCAGCCUGUUCCUGCGUGAGGACAUUAAGAAGGGAGUGUUCGUGGAAGGAGCUGUGGAGAAGUAUGCUGCUUCUGCCGCCGAGGCCUACCAGGUGCUGUCUAUGGGUUGGCGUAACCGGCGCGUGGCAUCAACGUCAAUGAACCGCGAGUCAUCUCGCUCUCACGCCGUGUUCACCAUGUGUCUCGAGUCCAAGGAGGCCGGGCAGGAAGUGGUCAACAUCAGAACAUCCCAGCUGAACCUGGUGGAUCUGGCAGGGUCUGAGAGACAGAGGGACACGCAUGCAGAUGGGUCACGUCUAAAGGAGGCAAGCAGCAUCAACCGCUCUCUGAUGUGCCUGGGUCAGGUGAUCAUGGCCCUGAUGGAUGUGUGCAACGGGAAGAGCCGUCAUAUCUGCUACAGAGACUCCAAACUCACCUUCCUGCUCAGGGACUCUCUGGGAGGUAACGCUAAGACGUACAUCAUAGCUAACGUGCACCCUGGCUCGAAGUGCUUUGGCGAGACCCUCUCCACAUUGCAGUUUGCCCAGAGAGCCAAACUCAUCAAGAACAAGGCUAUGAUAAACGAGGACACCCAGGGCAACGUCAGACAGCUGCAGGCUGAGCUCAAGAAACUAAAGGAGCAGCUGGCUAAUGCACUCUCUGUCCAGCAAAAUGUAAAUGAAUUAGCACCUGGGGGGCCUCACAUACACACAGCUCCUGACACUGAGCCUCCGUACAGAACCCGUUUCCUCCAGGCGGUACGACUCUGGAAAAAGCACAAGGCUGAGAACAAGACCUUGCAACAGAAGCUGUCCCAGCUGAAGGAGGCCUGGGCACAGAAGGAGAAGUUCAUCCACUCCAACCGCAUGAUCCUUAGGUUCCGUGACGACCGCAUCGCCCAGCUGAAGCAGGAGCUGGAGGCGGGCAGACCGGCCCAGACGAGGCAGCAGCAGGAUGAGACGCUAAUCACGCAGCUACUGCAGGAGAUCGCCCAGCUCCGGGAUCAGGUGGAGCACCACCCACGCGUGAUGUGGUACGCAGCUGAGAACUGCAGCCUGCGGGACGAGGUCCGAGCUUUGCGGGCUUCCGAGGCGGUGAAGAGCGCUCAGGAGGCCUCUGCACAGGCUACGGCCGAGCUGGAGCAGGCCCUGCAGGAGCUCCUGCAGAUGGAGGAGAACAUGGAGCUGGCAGUGGCUCCGACCACAUACUCCACCCCGGUCACCAUGGAGACCUUGUCCUCAGUUUCUAUAGAGAGGCUGAAGGCGCAGUUGCUGCAGAAACAGUCUGAGCUCACUGCCAUGGCACAGGCAUACAACGAGUACAAGCAGGUCAACAAGAAGCGACUGCUUGAGUUGGAGUCAGAGAAGCGAUACCUAGAGAAAUCAAACAAGCACCUGGAGAAUAUUCUGGAAGCUACUAAAGCUCACACCAAGCAAGAAGUGUGUCAGCUCAAUAAGAUUCACGCUGAAACCAUUAAGAUCCUAACGACCCCGACAAAAACGUAUAACCCACGGAGUCGCUUGGUACCGCUGUCCAGCCCAGAGCACCUGAACGGCAACGCAGGGGAGCACGAAAUGGAGGAUAUCCAGAGUGAACAGCCCCCGCCUGAAAUGAGUGAGCUGGCCUUUGAGGCCCUUACUGAAGAACUGAAGCAAAUGCAGGAACAGGUCAGUCACCUGAAAGGCCAAUUGGAUGAGGAGGAAGUUAAGAACAGGAAACUGCUUCAGCAAAUCAGCAAGCUGGAAGAGCAGGUCUCUACAGCAACUGAGCAGUCUACUCGCAGAGAGCAGGAUUUUAGUUCAGAGCGGAGGUGUCUACUGGAGGAGCAGCAAAGUCUGCUGGAGAGAGUCGGCACUCUAGAGCAACAGCUCACUGAGGAGAGGGCAUUGGCAGAGGUGCUGCGCAGCGAGGUGCGUGACCUGCGUUUGGUCCUGCAGUCGUCGGAUAAGGAAUUGGGGGAGGUCCGUACUAAGCUGGAGCAGCGGUGUGCCGAGGAGAGGGAGAACGUGCAGCUCUCGAGCACUUUGAUCAGCACCCAGCUACAGCUGGACACGGUCAGGUUGGAGUGGGAACAGCUCCAGGAGCAGCACAGGUUCCUGCAGGAUGCGUAUGACACGCUGCAGGCCGAAUUCAAGUUUGAGGCAGAUCAGUACCACCAGCAGCUGCAGGAGAAAAGCAGAGAGAACAACGAACAGCAGGCCCAAAUCACCGAACUGCAAAAUUCCCUUCAGGCAGAGAGAGAACUGAUCGUCACUCUGAGGUCCCAGCUGAAGGCAGACCGAGAGAGCAACUCAAAAGAGCUGCUGCAGUCCAUGGAGGAGAAUGUCCUUUUGAAGAAGCAGAUUGUGGAUCUUGCUACUGAAAACCAACAUCAGGCCGAGACCAUCCGAGUUCUUGAGCAGAGUGUGAGCAGCGCCAACGCUUCAGUCUCCAGCGUUGAGCAGAAAAUGGAACAGGACAAAGAUGUGGUAUUGGAUCUGAUGAAACAGACUCGAGAUUUACGUUCUGAGCUGAGUCAGAAGGAGCAGAGUCUCUUGCUGUUGUCUGCUGACCUCCAAGACAUCACAGACAAGUACACCACAGUGUGUUCAGAGCGGGAGGAGGCAAAGAAGCUGACCUCCCAUAUGCAGACAGAACUCCAGGAGCUGAGGGAAGCUUCUGACAGACACGUGGCCUCGGACCGCAUUGAGUUGGAGCUACUGCAAGAGGAUCUGGCCUACACCACUGAGGAGGUGGAGUGUCUCAGUAAAGCUCUGGAGGAGAGGACUGCAGAGCUGCAGAGAGCUCAGGUCCUCCUCGCGGAGAAAGACACAACCGUCCACACGCUGCAGGAGCAGCUGAGACAACAGGAGGAGCAGAUGAAUUUAAGGACUGAAAGUGCUGACUGUGAAUCUGCUACACCCAAAGCAAACCCACAGACCCCUUGCACCCCCCGCAGCUUUGGAGCCGAGCUGUCCCAGGUGCUGGAGAGCCAGGAGAGGGAGCUAGAGAGCAGACGAUCCUCCAUGAUGACGAUGGAGGUGCUGCUGUCGGAGCUCAAUGCUGAACGCGUCGCCAAGAACGAGGAGAUCCAGAGACUCAAGGCUCAGCUAAAUGAGAAGGAAAGUAUGCACUUGGGGAUCCAGGCUCUACUGGAGCAAUUUUACAGUGCACAGAACCAGCAGUCUCAGAGCAGCAAUGCCACAGAAAUUCUGAAGGAAGUUGUGCAGCAGUCUGUCCUUCGAGAGUUACGGGAAGAGAGGAGUGCAAAGAAUGCUCUAGUGCAGCAGCUUGCUGAAACUCAGAAGGCCUUUCAGCAAAAGGACAUGACGCUGGCCCAGUCUCAGACCUGCGUGCAGGAGCUGACUACCGAGCUGAGGAACCGCUGCCUGGAGCUACGUGAACUCCACCUCAAAGAUCAAGAGCAGGAGAUGCUCACACAGGAAGUGGAGGUGUUGAGGAAGCAGGUGGAUCACCUGGCAGAGGAGAAUGGCAAGCUUCUCGGCCACCAGAACCACAAGCAGAAGAUCGAGUACAUGGUGCGGCUGAAGAAGGAGCUAACAAAACUGCAGGAGGAGAAUGAAAAGCUACGUCACAAGAGCACGUCGUAACCUGGGCCAGAAGUUCUCCUUACAGAAGCAUAUCUUAAACUCGGCCAGAAGUUCUUCAUAACGCUCUGAGCGUCUGGAUUGAGACAGUCAGGAACACAAACGUCUUAAAAAUCGUUCGCAACUGUACAGUUUUUACUUGCAAAGGAUGCGAAAAAGCAAAACGAGCCAGCUCGUCAAGUAGGCUCACGGGUACGUGGAACAGGUUUAUGUUCCCUCUUUUCUUAAAGCUAUGGUUAUGUUUCCUGACAACACAAUGUUGGAAUAAGGGUGAACAUGGUGAAACGUUACCUGUGUGUGUGUGUGUAAGAUGUCAUUGCUGUUUAUAAAUAGGAAAUGGUGUCUGUUUGACUUGGUGUGUAGGUUGGUUGUAAAUUGUUAUACAUUUUAAAAGUACAAAAUUUAGAUGUUUCUGUAAACGUACAAACAAAUUUAAUUUGUGGCUAUAUUAAGCCAUAUUUUUAUGUUGUGGUCACUGACGGAGGGAUGGUUUUGUCAAAAAUGCACAGUUUAAAAAAAGCCCUCAAAGUGGCUAUUACGAUGGCCUAAUGACAUGCUAGUUCGGUGCUGGACAGAAGAAAUAGUGUUUCAUGUUGAGUCGAAGUACCACAUCACACUGGGCAUUACUGGAUAUCUUAUUCUUAACUUGUACACAAUCCUAAGUUUGUUGCUGGCAGUCGGUCAAUCAUUUUUAUAGGUGGUCCUUCACACGAUUGAUAUAAUUGUGGGGGAAGUGUUGGUGAUUAUGCUGUAUUGCACUGCUUAAGUAACACGUUUGUAGGGGGAUUAAUUUCAUUAUCUACAAAACACUUGGGCGGGGGUGUCCAUUUAACUGAGCCUUUCUUCUUUUCAUAAUUGUGAUUACUUCGUGGAAAUAGUAUGAUGUAGCCAAACAUUUUAAAGAUGAAUAAAUAUAU